GCUGAAUACUUCACAUUUAAUCUAAUAAAAUUAUCAAACAAUUUGUUGUGAAUACUGAACGAAUCGAAACAGUUUAUAGAAGUUCACGCGACUUGACGUAUCUACAAAAUGGCACCAAAUGUAGAAGUGAUAUUGGAAGGUUUCUCUAUUCUGGAAGGCCCACAUUGGGAUAUUAAAAAUCAGUGCCUUUAUUUUCUCGAUUUUCAUAAGCACAGCGUUCAUAAAUACGUGCCGUCUACAAGGAAGUUGACUAACGCAGUUAUAGGAAAUCACAAUGUUUCAAUAAUUAUACCAAUCAAAGAUAAAAAGGACAAUUUCGUGAUAACCGUUGAUAGAUCAGUGUCAACCAUAACCUGGGAUGGAGAGAGUAACACUGUGCUGAACCUCAAGAAAUUGUAUGAAGUUGAUCAUGGAACAGACCAUGUCUUCAAUGAUGGAAAAUGUGACUCAAGUGGAAGACUUUGGUCAGGAACUAUGGGAGCACAUGCAUCCACUAUUGAUGGAAUACCUCCAGGCAAAGGAACUCUUUACAGUUUUCAGAAUAAUUUGGUCCAGAACUACAGGGGCGGAAUUGGGAUAUCCAAUGGUAUUGCUUUCAACAAAGAACUGGGAAAAAUGUACUAUAUCGACUCUAUGAAUGGAACUGUAGAUCAGUACGAUUUGGAUAUCAAUCGAGGAACUUUAUCGAACCUCCAACCAAUAUUCACCAGAGAAAAGCAUGGAUUCGACGAAUGUUUGUUUGACGGUAUGACAAUUGAUUCAGAUGGCAACUUAUGGGUAGCAAUAUUCUUAGGCUCAAAAGUGAUUAAAAUUGAUCCAAGACGACCUGAGACACUUCUAGAAACUAUAGAAUUUCCAGCAUCCCAGAUCACUUCUGUUGCGUUUGGCGGAGCAAAUUUGGAUGAGCUUUGGGUCACCAGCGCUAAUUUCAAGGAAUUUUCCCCCGGACAGAAAGGAGGGUCGUUAUUCAAGGUCACAGGAAUCAAUGCUAGGGGCUUGCCAGCUGAUGAGGCUGUUCUGUGAGAUUCAUUCGUAGAGAUGUUAUUUUGAAGGCGGUGGCGGAAUACAGAGUUACAUGUUAUGUAAUUGAUAAAAAAAGGUGUUUGCAUGUAUUAAACUAGGUCAAUAAGUAGCAAAAUAGAAUACAAUAAAUAAUUACCUCAUAAGACUGCCUGUUGCUUGUAACUUACCAAUAAAAUUCAAUAUAUGAAUCUUACGCGAUGGUAAACGACUGAAAAAAUAUGUUGUUAUCCAAGUCAAUAUGUUGUUAUCCAAUACUAUAGUUGAGGUGCAAGAGGCAUAUAGGAUAAGAAAGUAACUUUGGACUGGGCCUGAUUCAUUGUACAUUCAUAAAAUUUUGUUCUGUGUGGACAUGAACUGAAAAUGUAUCCAUACUUUUUUGCAGAAAAGCCAAAACUAGAAAUGGUAAAACAAUACUAAAGUUGGGUUAGGCGCAAUUGUCAGAAGAUGAAAUUUUUUCGAUUAGCCAAUUUUCUAUAGCUUGUGCCUGUAUUUCAUAGUCAAGUAUAUCAUAAAACUAAUUGCUUGUUGCUUGUAACUAUUGCAUUACGACACGACUUCAGUGUAUGAAUUAUAAUCUUCAAUAAGGAGAUGAAGUGAUACGAAUACAAGUAUAUCAUGUGAAAUGAAA